AUGGAUUUCUCCUACGCUCCGCCUCCUCCUUCGAAAGGAAAACGGAAGCAACUGCCUGGUGCUGGUCAGAAGAAGCAAAAAACGAAGGACUUCUUCGAUUUACCCACGCAUUUGCCCAAUACUGGCUCUCAUGUGCAAAAGACCGUUCAAAGUGAAGACCUACUAGAAGAAGAACGUCAUCUGGGGUCCGGUGGAUCCAAAGAACCGAUUUUUAUUGAGGGAACUAGUAUAACUCUCCAGACAGAGGAGGACAUAGCUAAAUGGAUUGCAGAAAGACGGAAAAACUGGCCCACGAAGAAGAAUAUCGAGCUCAAGGCAAAGAGAGAACUGGAACGUAAGGCUCCAGAACCCGAGAAGACUCCCGCCAAACAAGUUUGCAAAUUCUAUGCGAAGAGCAAGAAGUGCAAGUUCGGAGCCAAAUGCCGCAACGUGCACGAGGCUGCCUUCAACAAUUCAGCAUCCAAAAUGAUAAACGGCAUCCUGGUAGCCGUUCCAAAACGUUACAAAAAAGAGAUGCAAGUGUCGAGCUCUCUUUACAAGAAUCUUAUGCAACGGGAUCAUUACGAGCACGAGAACAACCUCAUCAUCGAUUUCUUGCAAUACUUGGAAAACAACAAACUCAUAGACCGCCAUGCAAGUUUAUAA